AUGUUUCGCCACGUCGCGCGCUCGCUGCAGCGCGCCGCCCGCCUCCGCGUCGCGGCCGCGUCGCCGGCGAUGCACAUGGCGCCCUUCCAACUGCCAGCAUUGCGUCACUUUGCGACGCCGCCGUCCCGGCGCGCGCCGACCAAGAUGCUCUCGGUGCUCGAAGUCAAGCAACUCGGGCAGACGACCAAGCAAGAGAUCCUCGCCAAGCACGGUAGCGCCGGCUUCUUCUCGCGCGCCAAGCAAGUGCGCCACACGUGGACCGAGUUCUGCGCGAGCACGCCGGUGCCGUCGUCGAUGGACUUGCAAAUGUUCUUCGCGGCCGCGAAAGCCACCGAGGCCGACUUUGUCAUCAUCGAGUCGCUCCUCCAGCUGCGCGCCAACUACCCGAAGGACGUCAAGAUCAAGCACUACAUCGAGUCCAAGGUUGCGUUCCUGCGUUCGAAGCGCCACGAAGCGAUGCUCGAGAUCUUUGAGGACGAGCGGGCCGCGCUCAACGACCUCGGUCAGUUUGACCGCGCCCACGCGCUCCUCGUCGAGAUGCGCCACGCCGGCUACAUGGUCCCGAACGACACGGUCACGCGCAUCAUGUACAACCUCGCGCUCGCCAACGACAAGGAAGGCGUCCUCGCGCUCUAUGAGCUCGUGGAUGCGACCAUGGGCAUCUGGACGCCGGCGGCGCUCAAUCGGCUCAUGGCGUCGCUCGGCCGCGUGGGCUGCCCGGAGGAAGCUUUCCAGUUCUACUCGCUCUCGACGAUGGAGCUGGACCCGUCGACGUUCCGCACGCUGCUCGAGAUUUGCGUCCGGAACAAGUGCUUGAAGGAGACCGCCGACGUGCUCAAGAACCGGAGCCUCUUCAACAUUACGCUCGAUGCGAGCGGCUACAACACGAUCUUGGAGGCGCUCUUGAUCCUCGACCGCGUCGACGAGAUCGAUGGCAUUCUGCACGAGAUGGCCGCGCAUGGCAUCAAGAGCGACUCGAAGACGCAGUUCAUCUUGCGCCGCUGCCAGUACGCGUCGCGGGCGACGCCGCACAGCAACAACGAUGCGUUCAACCUGAAGGACCCGAGUGCGACGCAGCUCGAUACGUUUUUGCAGAACGAGGAGUAUACCGCCGCAUCGGCGCUCGCAUCGACCCUCCUUUUGGAGCAGAAGACGCCGCUCCACAUGCAGACGCUGGACGCGGUCAUGCGCGCAUCCUUUACGCCGGCGACGACGACAAACUCCGGCGUCGCGCUCCAGACUGCGAUGCGCCACUACGCCAACCGUGUCGCAGACAAGAGUGGGAAGUUUAUGAUUGCCGAUCCGGACCGCGCGAUGGCGGCCUACCGCGCCGCCCGCUUCCAAGGCGUCCCGAUGCUGAGCCCGGGACGCAUGUUUCCCGUCUUCCUCUACGUGUGCGACGCCGACGCGGCGAUCCACGAGCUGCAGACGUACAUGGAGUACCACCUGCGCGACCCGAUGAAGGCGCGGCAGAUGCGCGAGACCGUCUUCUUUGACACGCUUCGCGUGUGCAUCAAGGCGCAGCGCUACGACGACUACGACAAGCUCAUCAAGACGAUCGUGGACGCCAAGUACAUCUUGUCGCCCAAGGCGUUCCACUCGUUUUGGUUUGACCCGACCAAGUACUCGCUCUUCCAGCGCGGCAUGCCGCAUUUGUCCGAGAAGCAGAAGCACGACCGGCUCCUUCGCCUCGGCAAGUCCCUCAGCGCGAGUCUGCGCCUCCUCAUGGACAAGCAAAAGCUCGUGCCGACGUACGAGACGAUUGAUGCGGUCGCCAACACCCUCUACUACUCGGGGUACCGCUCGACGCUCGCGCAGCUCUAUCUGCAGGCACCGACAACACCGCGCGACGUGCUGCCGGAACAAACGUACGGCAAGAUCCUCGACGUGCUUGUCGUCAGCAAGCGCCUCGUGCACGCCAAAGCGCUCUACGCCGAAGCCAACGCCCGCCUUCCGCGCAUUGACCAGCCGUGGCUGCUCGCGGCGCCCCUCGCACAAGGUCUCGCGGACGCGGGCGAGUACGACGCGCUCUUUGCCCACAUCGACGCCCACCCGUACCCAAGUGUCUUUCGCAGCGCGCUCCUGGCACUCUACCCCCGGGCGCCCUUGGCCGUCGUGCGAGACGUGCUCGAGAGGAUGCUCGCCGCCGACCUCGUGCCCAACAUGCAGCUCGUGCAGCGCGCGAUGCUGGCAGCCGUGAAAGCGGCCGAAAAGAAGAGCCAAGUGCGCGAGAUUCCUGGCUUUGUCGACGCGUUCUUGUCGCCGCUCGAAGCGCGCCUCGUGCAAAACGACGUGGUCCAGCCGACGCUGUCGCUGACCAACUCGAGCGGCCACACGUCGACGAUGGACAUUGAUCUGCGCGAGCUCAAGCGCACGUACGGCUUUGCGCAGAAGGCCCUCGCCGCGACGCAGGACGAGGCCGCGAUUUCUGCCCACGCCGACAAGAUGCGCCGCUGGAACCUCGCACCGACCAAGAGCAACUAG